CAGCAGCAACAGCAGCAGCAGCAGCAGCACUAGGGCAGGGGCUGACUUCAGGCGUUGGACUUUUGGGGUCGUCGCCCACCUUUCCUCUGCGUGCCUGACUCCCUCGUUAGCUCAUUUUUGUGUAUGCCUGGGGAAGGGAGAAAAAUCCCAAACCAGCUGCGUAAAUGAGUAUGGAAGAUUAUGAUUUCCUGUUUAAGAUUGUAUUAAUUGGCAAUGCUGGUGUGGGGAAGACGUGCCUAGUUCGACGGUUUACUCAGGGUCUUUUCCCUCCAGGUCAAGGAGCCACAAUUGGAGUUGAUUUUAUGAUUAAGACAGUGGAAAUUAAUGGUGAGAAAGUAAAGCUUCAGAUCUGGGACACCGCAGGUCAAGAGAGAUUUCGAUCCAUUACCCAGAGUUAUUACCGUAGCGCCAAUGCCUUGAUCCUCACCUACGAUAUUACUUGUGAAGAAUCCUUCCGUUGCCUUCCUGAGUGGCUGCGGGAAAUAGAACAGUAUGCCAGCAACAAAGUCAUCACUGUGUUAGUGGGCAACAAGAUUGAUCUGGCUGAAAGGAGAGAGGUCUCCCAGCAGCGAGCUGAAGAAUUCUCAGAAGCACAGGACAUGUACUAUCUGGAGACCUCAGCCAAGGAAUCUGACAACGUGGAAAAACUGUUCCUUGACUUAGCAUGUCGCCUAAUCAGUGAAGCUAGACAGAACACUCUUGUGAAUAAUGUAUCUUCACCAUUACCUGGAGAAGGGAAAAGCAUCAGCUAUUUGACUUGUUGCAACUUCAACUAGAGACAGGCAAGAAGAAGGAGUACUAGCUAUUCUACUGAACCCCAAGUUGUUGGGGAGAUUGGUCAUGAUCAGUGGCUUCUGCACUCAGACCUCCUGGCUCCUGUACACUUACAAAGCACGAAAGGUCUUGUUCACAGGCAGAAUAUCAGUUUCAUCCUUUUGCUGUCUGGAGUUGGAGCCAAGAGAACAUUGUACUCGGCACUGUGUGAUCUGCGGAGCAUGUUGCUUUUUUUUUUUUUUUUUAAACAGCAAAUAACAGCGCAUUCCUGGAAGGUCUGGGAACUGUACCAUAGGGAUCCCUCAUCCACAUUGGUAUAGGGGAAUGAGGUCUGUGCUUUAGGAAUUCUGGGGUUCCUGAUUUCCUUGGCUACCAGAUCAUCCAAAACUGGGAAGACCAAGGACUACCUCUGUGGUGUUGAUGUAUCCACAGAGAUCUUCAAAAGUAUUAUUUUUCUUGUCCACAGGCACUUUCGAGAACUUUUGGAUGUGAAAAAUAAAAUGAGACCUUUACUCAUGA